AUGCAAGCAGAAAAACUCAACAUGGAUGGUAUUGAUUACCCAGUUAGUCUUAAGACAAUAGAUCAUGUCGAGAAGCAAAACCCAGACAUAUCUAUUAAUGUCUUUGGCUAUGAAACUAGUGUUUACCCCCUCCGAAUAAGCAAACACGUUGAUAGGGUAACAAUAAACCUUUUAUUGAUCUCUGAUGGGGAAAAGCAGCAUUACUGCGUCAUCAAAGACAUGAGCCGUUUGUUGUCCAGCCAAACCGGAAACCACCAACACAAAAAUUAUUACUGUCUCAGAUGUUUGAACCCCUUCUACUCACAGGAAUCGUUGAAUGAGCACAUGGAAUACUGUUAUUCAAACGAGGCCGUCAAGAUAGAGAUGCCAGAAGAGGGCUCGACCAUUUCGUUUGGGCACAUACACAAGUCCAUGAGAGUGCCGUUCACAGUGUAUACUGACUUUGAAUCUUUCAUCAAACCCGUAGAUACGUGUGAACCGUGUCCGGGAAAGAGCUACACGAAGAAAUACCAGAAACACAACAGCACUACAUCAAAUGCUUUGAUGAUGGUGUCUUCUCUAAAGAUCCGGUUACCUUUGUCCCAAAUAUUCGUAGAAAUGUUGGAGAAAGACAUCAAAGAAAUUGGCAAAAUUCCGGCGAAACCAAUGAUUUUUGGGGAAAAUGACCGCAAACAAUUCCAAAAGGCGACAAAGUGCUGGAUCUACCAAGGUGAGUUCAGUAAGGAUGACAAGAAGGUGAGAGAUCACUGUCACUUUACUGGGAAAUACCGAGGUGCAGCUCACAAUAGUUGUAACUUGCAGUACAAGAAGCAGAAGUUCACUCCCGUGGUGUUCCACAAUCUGAGCGGCUAUGACAGUCAUCUGUUCGUCAAGAACCUCGGUAAAACUGAGGGGAACAUCAACUGCAUCCCGAACAACGAGGAAAAGUACAUCAGCUUCACCAAGGAGGUUGUUGUCGGUUCUUAUACUGGCAAGGACGGGAAAGAGAAGGAUGUUAAGCACCAACUCAGAUUCAUCGACAGCUUCAAGUUCAUGGCCGCUAGCCUGGAUAAGCUGUCCGGUAAUCUGGAUCAGGACUGCUUCACCAACACUUCGAAGUACUAUAACGGAAAACAACUAGACUUACUAAUGAGAAAGGGUGUCUACCCAUAUGAAUAUAUGGAUUCACUCAAAAGACUAGAUGAAACAGCCCUUCCACGAAAAGUUGCGUUCUACUCCAGACUCAGUGGAGAAGAGAUUAGUGACGAUGACUGA